AUGAUUUUCAUUAAUGCCUUAUUAGGUUGUUCCACACCUGAUCUUGGUAUGGCAAGAGAUAUUAUUCCAAACAGUGAUAUCACAGCAUCAUCAGAAAAUAAUUCUGAUUCAUCUCCUUACUAUGCACGGUUAAGCAACAGCAAAGCAUGGCUUCCUGAUCCCAAUGAUAAUGAUCCGUGGAUAAAAGUGAACUUACAGUUUUCAAGAAAUAUCACUGCGAUUGCCACACAAGGCUUUUCUGGCUCUUAUGUCAAUCGCUAUUAUUGGGCAGGCUUGCCUGGUCAGCCAUCCUCACUCUCUACAAAGUCUGUGUCAUCAACCAAAAUUGUAAUCUCAUGGAGUGCUCCUACGGAUGAAGGGGAUGGAAUAACAGGGUACUCUGUUAAGUGGCAGGCUGCUGGAGAAUCCAAAAUUUACCAAAAAGAAGUUACAGGGAGCAGAACUGUGACACUGGAUAAGCUAACACCCUACACAUUGUAUGAAAUCCAUGUGAGAGCAGAAAGUCUUAAUGGGGAUGGCCUUUGGUCAGGUCCACUGAAAGUGAGAACAAAUGAGUCAACUCCCACUGCUGCUCCAGGAAACUUUAAAGUCAGUUCUAGUUCCUCUCUUUCAUUGGACAUAUCUUGGGAUGCCAUUCCUACAAAAGAACAGAAUGGAGAGCUGUUGGGUUACUAUAUUUACUACAAGGUAAAUGGAUCUGCAGUAGAGUAUAACAAGACUGUUGGACCGGAUAAACUUUCAGAUAAACUUACAGAACUUGAGUUUACAACCUAUGUUGUUCGAAUGGCUGGGUACACUGUUGCUGGUGUUGGUUUGUCUACAAAAGCUGCGAGCAUACAGCCAAAUGAAGGAGCUCCUACAGCUCCUAGGAAUUUCGAAUUGAUUGUUGAGUCAUCCACAAAGAUUAAAGCGUCGUGGAGUGCACCCUUGAAGCUUAAUGGUGUCUUCGAACGUUACGUGGUGAGGUAUGGUUUAUCAAGAGAUGGCUUGAAUAAAGAGGUGUAUUCCAAAACCACAGAGUAUUUACUGACUUCACUGGAUGAGUUCUCUACUUACUAUGUUCAAGUCCAUGCUGAAACGGCUGUUUCUGGGCCUGCCUCCGGUAUUCUUUCGGCAAAGACAAAAGAAGAUGAUCCCAGUUCCGCUCCAGUCAUUAACAAACAGGAGACAAAGGCCGAGGAUGCGCACACCAUAAGAGUCAAAUGGAAUGAAAUUAAAAAAGAGGAUCAAAACGGCCUCAUAUUGGGAUAUGAGGUUUCUUACAAAGAAAUUGGAACAGAAAAAGUGUUAAGUUUUAAUGCAACAAAUACAAACACAAUAAUCACGCGCUUGAAGCCAUUUACGUCAUACUGCAUCCAAGUUCGAGGGUUUACAAGUGUAGGAAAGUCACCACUGAGCCCUUGCACAGAUGUCCAGACAUUGGAUAAAGGUCCAAGCCAUCCGCUCAAUGUUAAAGUUCAGGCCGUUUCUUCUCAUUCAAUUAUUGUAACGUGGGAGGAACCAGCUCACCCUAAUGGAGUCAUAGGAGAGUAUAUAAUAUUGUAUGGAACCAGCAAGGACGUACAAAAUUAUGACCAAAAAGUGACUGGAAGCACGCGUAAACGUAUUAUAGACGGCUUGAACAAAUAUACCACUUACUAUGUGAAAGUCAGGGGUCUUACAUCGAAACCGGGAAAUGCUUCUGAAGUAUUCAAUGUCACAACUUUCGAAGAUA